GGCGGGUGCAGCAUGGGGGUGACCUGCGUGGCGCAGGUGCCCGUGGCGGAGGGGAAGAGCGUGCAGCAGACGGUGGAGAUCCUGACGCGGAAGCUGGAGCUGCUGGGGGCCGAGAAGCAGGGGACCUUCUGCGUGGACUGCGAGACCUACCACACCGCCGCCUCCACCAUCAGCAGCCAAGGGCAGACAGGCAAGCUGAUGUACGUGAUGCACAACUCCGAAUAUCCCCUCAGCUGCUUCGCUCUCUUUGAAAGCGGUCCCUGCCUCAUAGCAGAUGCCAACUUUGAUAUCCUUAUGGUGAAGUUGAAAGGCUUCUUCCAAAAUGCCAAGGCAAACAAGAUAGAGAGCCGAGGCACCCGCUACCAAUACUGUGACUUCCUGGUGAAGGUGGGCACAGUUACAAUGGGGCCCAGUGCCCGUGGGAUAUCUGUGGAGCUUCAGGGCUGUGGUUUCUGUUGCCAGGUGGAGUACUGCCCCUGUGUGAUAGCCAACGACUGCUGGAACCUGCUCAUGGAGUUCAUGCAGAGCUUCAUGGGGAACCACACUCCCGGCAUCCCGUCUGUGUUUGGCACCAAGCACGACAGCAUCUACAGCCCAGCGGACACGAUGGUUCAGUACAUGGACCUGUUCAACAAGAUCCGCAAGCAGCAGCAGGUGCCUGUAGCGGGGAUCAGAUGAAAGGACUCCCUGGAGCCUGGUUUAGAGCGACUGCAUCCUCUUUUCUGCCUACCCCUGUGGAUCAGGAGUCCCUCCAAAAAGCAGCACUGGAGGCAGCCCAAGGUUGUUUUCUUUUUUCUUCUCAAUCUCUUUCUCCUGUUUCAAAGCAAAGGUCUUGAAUGCUGUGCGUAGUUCUUGUUGUCCUCCUUCACGUUCUUGAGCGUGCCUGGGAUCGGGCCCAUGGUUCUGAUGGUUCUUUGUACAGUGCUUUGUGCAGGGGAUUACUGUUCGUUGGCAGAAGGAGGGAAAAGGAGAAAUUCCAGCCAAAUGCAUGCAAGGGCAGAGUUUCCUUGACUGCAAACAGCUACAUGAGGGGUUUUUAUCUCUCUCUCUCUCUCUCUCUCUCCACGUGAAAGUGUCUUGUUAUUUUUCAUAAAAAUAAAAAGCUGUAUUUUGUGA